GUGGGCCAGAUGGAGAGCAGUGAUGAUGAUCAACAGUGGUGGGGAUGAAGAUUAUGGACAGCAGAGAUGAAGGUGAUGUAGACGAUGGACCGAGGGGAUGAAGAUUAUGGACAGGGGUGUUGAUGAAGAGGAUCUCAGGAGGAGAUAUGCAGGCGUUUUUAAAAGGUGCUUCAUCACAGAGUGUUAAAGCUCAAAAACCAUCAUCUUCAUCAGGUGGAGAGAAGAAACAGAGAGCUGUGCCCUGGGUGGAGAAAUAUAGACCCAAGUGUGUGGAUGAAGUUGCCUUUCAAGAGGAGGUGGUGGCAGUACUGAAGAAAUCUCUAGAGGGCGCUGACCUUCCCAACCUGCUGUUUUAUGGCCCUCCUGGAACCGGAAAGACCUCCACGAUCCUCGCCGCUGCAAGAGAACUCUAUGGACCCGAGCUGUACCGACAAAGAGUUCUGGAGCUUAAUGCGUCUGAUGAGCGAGGCAUUCAGGUGGUGCGUGAGAAGGUGAAAAACUUUGCCCAGCUGACGGUGGCGGGCACGAGGCCAGAUGGAAAGUCUUGUCCACCAUUUAAAAUAAUCAUCCUUGAUGAGGCGGAUUCGAUGACUUCUGCUGCUCAGGCGGCUCUCAGACGCACCAUGGAGAAAGAGUCUCGGACCACACGAUUCUGCCUCAUCUGUAACUACGUCAGCAGAAUCAUUGAGCCGUUGACUUCAAGAUGCUCCAAGUUUCGCUUUAAACCUUUGGCCGAUAACAUUCAACGGGAACGUCUGCUAGAGAUCUGUGAAAAAGAAAAUCUCAAGUACAGCAAAGAGGGAAUUGAAGCUCUGGUGCACGUAUCAGAAGGUGAUCUCAGGAAAGCCAUCACAUAUCUCCAAAGUGCUGCGAGACUCAACUCUGAGCGGGAAAUUACUGAAAAAAUCAUCAUCGAGAUCGCAGGGGUGGUUCCGCCUAAAGUGAUUGAAAACGUAUUGCAGAUCUGUUACAAAGGCCAUUUUGAAAAGCUGGAGCUUGCAGUAAAGGAUUUAAUUGAUCAGGGUUACGCUGGAACAAAUAUUCUUAACCAGUUACAUGAAGUCAUCAUCGAAGAGAAGCUGAAUGAUAAGCAGAAAUCUGUGAUCACAGAGAAAAUGGCUGAGGUGGAUAAAUGUCUGACUGAUGGUGCAGAUGAGUAUCUACAGUUACUGAGUCUCUGCUCGGUUAUUAUGCAGCAGGCCGUACAGAACACAUAAACUCUUGACCAAUCAGCAUCUCUGUUUCAUAACACCUGAACUCUUGACCAAUCAGCAUCACCUCUGGGUUCAUCAUCACUGUUGUUGCUCUGUUUAAUGUAUGGCUGCCCUUGUUGUGCCCAGUUUUUUCUACUC